GUGCGUAAUUGGAGAGUUGGAGAGAAAGUCGUCAGUUUUCCAUGCUGAGUCAAAAUCUGACUCUUUUUCGGGGGUUUUGCGCAACCUUUUCCUCUUGGGUUUUCAAGUUUUUCUAAACUAAGAUUUGUAAACUGAGUUAUCUCUAGUCGUCUACGUGUAGUUAUUGGAUUUUUCCUCAACUGCUGUGACCCUUCCUGACUGUUCAUCUCUGCUGAGAAGCACCUCCUCCUCUCCAGUGGUUUCCACUAGUGCAACGAUAUAAUCUCGAUCAGCAUGACACAUUUUCAGGAUUUGCUCUCCGGUUAAGGUUCCAAAUGCUGCAGUUCUGGACUGAGAUGUUCUCCUGAGUUAAAGUUCAUAUCUUGACGAAGGUUAUCUUAACACCUAACAACACACAAUGGCUUCCACUAUAAUUGUGGAGCAGCAGUUUUCUCACAAAUUCACAGUGACGGUGAUUCGAGCCGAGAGCGUCACCAAGGGAGCACUGGGUGACCUGCUGGACACCCCAGAUCCAUAUGUGGAGCUGUUCGUCCCGACGGCCCCAGAGAGCAGAAAGAGGACCAAGCACAUAGACAACAACAUCAACCCAAAAUGGAACGAGACCUUUCACUUCAUAUUAGACCCCAACCAGCAGAACACCCUGGAGUUAACAUUAAUGGACGCCAAUUAUGUGAUGGAUGAGACACUUGGGACUGCGACCUACGACAUCACCAAGCUCCGCGUAGGCCAGACAAAGAUGGAGCCUUUCCUCAUUGGCAAGGCAACCAAAGUGUACUUAGAGAUGACGCUUGAGAUUUGUACCAAACUGGACCUGCGGUUCAGCCUGGCCCUGUGUGACAAAGAGAAGCAGUUCAGACAGACCCGCCGAGAGAGAGUGAUGCUGGGCAUCAAGAAGCUGCUGGACAUGGAGAAGCCUCGCUUCCUCCCCAGCUCUCCAGAGGAGGUGCCGGUGAUAGCCAUAGCGGGCUCUGGAGGCGGUUUCCGUGCCAUGGUCGGCUUCUCAGGUGUGAUGAAAGCCCUGUUUGAGUCUGGGGUCCUGGAUUGUGCCACAUAUGUCGCCGGCCUCUCUGGAUCAACAUGGUACAUGUCCGCUCUCUACUCCCACCCAGAGUUUCCAAAUAAGGGCCCAAAGGACAUCAACCCGGAGCUGAUGAAGAGAGUUAGCAGUAACCCACUGAAGCUGUUGCUGCCCCAACACAUCACCAACUACAUCCAGGCCCUCUGGACCAAAAAGGCUAAAGGGCAGCCUGUUACCUUUACUGACAUCUUCGGUAUGCUCAUAGGAGAGACGCUUGUACCUGCGAGGAUGGACAUCAAACUGAGUGGCAUCCAGGAGAAAAUAGACCAGGCCCAGAGUCCUCUUCCUCUCUUCACAUGUCUGCACGUCAAGCCAGAUGUUUCAGAGCUCAUGUUUGCAGACUGGGUGGAGUUCAGCCCGUAUGAAAUUGGGAUGGCAAAGUACGGCACCUUCAUGACCCCCGACUUGUUUGGAAGCAAGUUCUUCAUGGGAACCGUUGUCAAGAAAUACGAGGAGAACCCUCUUCAUUUUCUGAUGGGUGUGUGGGGCAGCGCCUUCUCCAUUUUGUUCAACAGAGUGCUGGGAGUCAAAGACACCGUUGGUGGCUCCACCAUGGAGGAGGAGUUAGAGCAGAUCAAACCACAGCACAUCGUCGGAGAAGACAGCCUGGAUAAUGACGACGAGCCACGUAAAGCUGGGACAGAGAAUCAGGAGGCAGAAGACGAGUUCAGUCGCACCGCUCAGGCUAGCUGGGUUCAACGCAUGUUCACAUCGCUCUUCAGUGACUCGUCCUUAUUCAACACAAGAGAGGGCCGGGCCGGGAAGGUGCAUAAUUUCAUGCUAGGCCUGAACCUGAACACCAGCUUCCCGUUCUCUCCGACCAAUGAGGUCAUGAGCCACGCCCAGACACCUGAGGACGAGGUGGACGCCGUCACAGACCCAGAUGAGUUUGAUCGUAUAUACGAGCCUCUGGAUGUGAAGAGCAAGAAGAUCCAUGUAGUGGACAGCGGCCUGACCUACAACCUUCCCUACCCUCUCAUUCUGCGGCCGCAGCGCGGCGUCAACCUCAUCAUCUCCUUCGACUUUUCUGCACGACCCAGCGACUCCAGUCCCCCAUUCAAGGAGCUCCUAUUGGCUGAAAAGUGGGCUCGAAUGAACAAGCUUGCAUUCCCCAAGAUUGACCCCAAAGUCUUUGACCGCGAGGGCCUGAAGGAAUGCUACGUCUUCAAACCAAAAAUAGGCGAAAAGAACUGCCCGACUGUCAUCCACUUUGUCCUGGUCAACAUCAACUUCAGGAAAUUCAAGGCACCUGGUGUUCCCAGAGAGACUGAGCUGGAGAAGGAUUUGGCUGAUUUUGACAUCUUUGAUGACCCAGAGUCACCAUUCUCCACUUUUAACUUCCAGUACUCCAACGAGGCCUUCACCCGACUCCAUGACCUCAUGGAGUUCAACACACUCAACAAUCUGGAGGUGAUUAAAGAAGCCAUCAAGGACUGCAUCGUGUCCCGGAAGGAGAAUCCCUCGAGCAUCUCCCGUCCCUUCUCCCUCAGUGCGAUCCCGAAAAAGAAGUUUCCCAAGAGAGAUCCUCGGGCAAAACCCUGGAACCUCCUGGAAAACGAUAACCAGUAGCCUGAUCUAAGACUUUGGAUAAAGUGGACUUUAGGGAUUUUUUUCUAGAUUCAGUCUUAAAGUAAAACAUUUUCUUUUUGGAAAAUGUCAUCGUGUUGAUCUCCUUUCUGUACCCUUUUAAUUAUACUUUUAAUUUUGUAAAGAACUUUAACGUUUACUGGUAAAAGCCUUAUGAUUGCAUUCAUAUACAACACAGUGAGAAUUUUCAUCUGGCUUUAUUUGCACGAUUGUGACUGCUGGGAAGACUGUUGGUGUUUGAAACCACUGAUGUCCGCUUUUCCCUGCUGGCCGUGAGAAAGACUGGAUGUUGAAAAUCAACACUUAGUAAACACUGCAGUGUGUCUGGAUUGUUACAGCUCACAUCUGGCUCCAUCACAAACAACUGGAUUAGUUAGUUAGUUAGUUAGUUAUCUCUUAGUUCUUCAUGUGUGAAAGAAAAGUCCACUUCAGAUGCAUGUGUUCAUUCACUUCACUUAAAUGCAUCAUCAGAAGUGUCCACUCCAGUUGCAACAGUCUCGACUCAUGUGGACACCUCUUGGUUUUCAGUUCAUGCUUCCUAGCAGAGCUGCAUUUGCAUCUUAUCUAUGACUUUUCAUUCAGCCAUGGAGCUUUGUGAAUGAACUGUUUGUCAGCUGAACUCUUUCCAUAUUGACUCCAGAACAUGCAAAUCACAAUGUUUUUUUUUUUAUGCCGGAUGGCUCGUCUAAACAUGUAAUCCUGUUUGGAAACACGGAAGAGGAACCUGUAACCAUUGGUUUUGUUUGAUGGCAACUCCUAAACACGCCAAGUGCACCCCCUCUGGAUACCUCAAACAUCUCAAUGAUGCUUACCCACCUACUUAGAAGUAGCACUCCCUGCUCCCCUGUAGGGAGUGUCUCAUAUUAAAGCCACCAUUUUUGAAAAACAAAACUUGAUGCCAUAGAAACGGCCCCGCUUCUAUUCUCCCUCUGUCUCUCUUUAUAUCUCUAGGUGUGUUUAUUUUCCUGAUCAUGUUUUUUCAGGCUGCCUUUUAGAUACAGCCACAGUUUUUUUUUUUUCUCUGCAUCUUUGCUCCUUCAACAAACUCAACUCGCUACAGGACGCCUCCAACUCCCCCGUACAAUGAGGUGGAGCUUGGGUCAGGAUCAGGAGACCCGCUCGCAGCUGAAAACGGUGGCUCUCUGCCGCAUACAGUGGAAUUUUACACACUACACCUACACCUGCAGCAGGGGAGGCCUAGAAUCUGACAUACUACACCACCUAUACCUGCAGGGGCCCAAAGGCUGCACACAGAGCAGUGGAAUUUUACACUGAAGCAUUUCCAACCCCUAUACGCUCAUGUUUCAGCCCCGCUGGUUUGGAAGAAACUGAGAAAACUGAGAAAACACAAAAAAAAGUGUUCAUGACCCACAAACAUUUGCAAAUGCCUUUAUGUUGAUUUGUUUUAGCAGGUCUUUGUGUCCGUUUUUGCAUGUUUUCUGCAGUUUCUGUCUUAUGUCUUCUUUAAAGAAAUAGUUUGUGGAAUAAGUUUAUUCACUUUUGUUUAUUUGACACCACUCUUAUAUCUGUCUGUUACAUGUAGAGUCAUGGCCUGGUCUCUGUUCUACCAGUUUUUGUAACGGUUUGUUUCUAAACCUAAUGGCUGGUGGUUAGCUGGAGUCUAUUGACAGACCUGCCUUUAGGCCUAUAUGUCUCAUUGCGUGUGUGGUUUGAGCUAAGACACACCCACACAACAUGGCUGGGGUAAAACAAAGAAGAAGAACAAUGGGGGAAGGCAGCAGAUCUAGCCUAAGCCUCUCAUUAAGGUGAAAUGAUUGCACCUGAAUGCGGCUGUUCCUUUCCAGGCAGGAUUGUGCCUCAGGUGUGAUCAUUUCUUUUUGAUUUUAUUUAACCAUUAUUAAGCCAGGAUAGUCCCAUUGGCAUUUAAAAUCUCUUUUCCAAGGGAGUCCUGGCCAAGAUGGCUGCAUAAAAGUGUCCCACAUAAAAGCACAAAUAACAAAACAGCAAAAAGUCAUUAACAACAUAAAAAUCUCACAUAAAAGAGACAAUUAACCGACUUAAAACAAACAGCAAAUUGCACCAAACGAUGACUAGCAGGGUUCAGUAACAGGAUGUAUACAUUCAGUGUUCAAAUGGUCCUUAAUCCUGUUUUUAUAAUAUUCAUGCUUAGAAAAUAAUCUAGUUUAAAGUGUCUCUGUGGCUCACAUCAAAGAGAGCGGGUUCGAGGAACGACGUACAUAAUUUGUCCGCAUGACGGAAGAUUGCAGCUACUGAUAGUCAGUAAAGAACAUAGAUGAGGAGGCAGUUUGUGCAAUAUGACCUUAUAAAGAAAAAUGUGGUUGUAUAAGGAGGACAAACCAACUUACUCAUACAAACUGCAAUGAUGUGUGCGGAAACCUGAGUCAGAGACAAAUCGCAACGCAGCAUGAUAUACUGAAUCCAACAUUCAUCAUCAAAGACGAUGAACUAGCAUGCAUAUAUAAAAUAUCAUCACAAUCAAUUGCUGGUAAAAACGUCGCUUGAAUUAAUUUUUUCCUUGCACCAAAAGAAAAAUAGCAUUUGUUUCUAUGACAGAAACCUAACCUAACAAAGUUGUGAUCAUGUAAUCUUUUGAUGUAGGCUACAUAUUGUUAUACUUUGAGACAGUCAGGCUAGCUGUCUCCCCUCGUAUUUAGUCUUUAAGCUAAGCUAACCGGCAGCUGGUUGUAGCCUUAUAUGUAAAAGACAGAAAUGAGAGUGGUAUCAAUCUUUCCAUCUAGGUUCAUUUACAAAACAACGCAGCAAAACUACGGUACUUUGCUAGGUUUAGGCAACAAAACUACUUGGUUAGGUUUAGUAAAAUAACAUUAUGGUUUGGCUUAAAAUGACUACGAAAUUGAAACAAAACAAAACAAAAACACAACAAAACUACUUGUAUAAGUUUAGUAAAAAUGUUGACUUUUAGUUUCACAUGGGACACGAACACCGGUCUUCUGGGCAAAAUUCCAGCGUUUGUUGAUCUCUCCACCUGUGCAGACUACAAACGUAUUUGUGAUAUGUCAAAACAAACGUAAUCCGCAACAAAAAAGAUUUGCCUCGAAACGUAAUUCACAAUGCAGUUUAGUUGUAUGGAAAUUUAAUUUUUAGGUGACCAGGCUGCUGUGAGCUAUGUUACACUUUUAUUUUUGGUUAGUUCAUUUAAAAAGCAUACACGAGCUGUAGCAAUUGUAUUUUCUAAUAUUUGUUUUCAUAUUAAAUUUUUAUGAUCUCUGACAAUGUUUACAAAUGUUUAAGAUGCUAAGCGGUCAGUUCUCGGGAAUCAAGACGUGUUCAUAAAUACUCCUGUGAUCAUUAACUGUUUGUAUUAUAACUGGCAAAGCACGACAUACAUAAUGUUUAUGUGCAUCGUAAAGAAAGGACGAUAAUAAAAGAGAGAAUUCA